AGCCCAAUUAACUUGCAGUUUUUUCAAGUAGUAGGUACUUAAGUCACCAGUCAAUAAAAGCGGACUCGAAGCUCUUCAGAGCACAGUCGACUCCGAGAUCUAGAGAGCCAACAUGUUCCUGAGCAAAGCAUCCGUUGUUCUCCUCGUCGCCUUCUUUGGGACCCCAUGGUUUACGGGAGAUGGAGGUGUUUCUGCGAGUCCGUUGGGGCAAGUACCAGUAGUGGAAUUGCCAGAUGGGUUCGCUAACAACCCGCAUCAAGAACAGUUUUUCCCGUAUCAACAACAGUUUCGCCCACAGCAACAACAGUUUCACCCACAGCAACAACAGUUUUACCCACAGCAACGUCUAGUGGCUCACCCACAGCAAAUAGUGGCUUACCCACAGGUACCACAGCAGGUGUAUCUCCAGCCAGCCAACCCAAAUGCCUUGCCAACCAAACUAAGGCUGACGGAGAGCAUUUUAAUUGAAGAAAUUUCUCAAUAAAAUGUUUAAUUGACAAA